CGUAAGUGUCGUCCAUCUGCAGAUGAUAAUAGGACAACCAUAGGAGACAUCGUUAAUACUGCAAUGCUCAACACACACAAAACUGUGUGGGUUUUUGACCUUGGCUUCCCCAUGGGUAGACAUCUCACUACUCUAGCGUUGGCCUCCUGCCUGAUCUUGAGUGUCUCCAGCCAGACGGCCAACAGCUUCAAAGACAGCACCAUAUCUUUAGAGAUUCUGGGAGAAGAUCCAACUUUCAAGAUGAUCCAAGCAGGUGUCUUCCCAGAUCAGCAACUCCCCUCCAACCAGUCGAAGGACUUUUCUGGAGAUGCCACCCCACAAGGUCCUCUACCAGUCAUGUGUACGAAGCCAACAGAAAUCCGGGAAGCCUUCAAGUACAUCAACACAUUUGUCUCUUGUACUAUCUUCAUCGUGGGCAUCAUUGGAAAUUCCACCCUGCUCAGGAUCAUCUAUAAGAAUAAGUGCAUGAGAAAUGGGCCUAAUGUCCUCAUUGCCAGCCUAGCCCUUGGAGACCUCUUCUACAUCCUCAUUGCUUUGCCUGUAAAUAUGUAUAAGGUAUUUAUUUAUUUUAUUCAUCCACUUACCAUUGCUAUUCAACUGGGUUUAUCACAUUCUGUCCAGAUCUUUGCAGCGUAUACAGGAGAAUAUCCUAUGAGAGAAUGCUUCAUCUUUUCCCAAGGUUCUGUUCAUGUCAAUGAUAACAUGUGUGUUUUCCAGCGCCGAGAAGUGGCCAAGACAGUGUUCUGUCUAGUGGUUAUCUUUGCCCUCUGCUGGCUUCCUCUUCAUCUCAGUAGGAUCCUCAAGAAAACCAUCUAUGACCCACAAGAUGUGGAUAGAUGUGAGCUGCUUAGUUUCCUUCUGGUUAUGGAUUACUUCGGCAUCAACAUGGCCUCUCUCAAUUCCUGCAUCAACCCUGUGGCUCUCUAUUUUGUUAGCCGGAAAUUUAAGAAUUGCUUUCAGUCCUGCCUUUGUUGUUGGUGCCAACGGCCAACGCUGGGCAUCCUCCCAACAGAUGACAAGGGAUCGGUGGGAAAAUGGAAAGCCAACGGGCAGGAACUCGACCGGAGCAGUUCUCACUUGAGUAACAAGUGCAGUUCAGCUUAG